CCAAAUUGCAGACGCCCGCCCAGGAAGGAAAGCUCCAUCAUGAGCUCUGCGGCCAAGCGCAGCCGCCCCUCGGACGAGUGUCCCAAGUGCCAGUUCAACCUCCUCGACGGCGCCGGCAACUGCAAGGUCUGCGACUUUAUCACGACCAAGCAGAAGCUGCGGCCAUGCCUCCACUGCGAGAAGGCCAACUGCCACGUCUUCUGCGAUAUGUGCGGCCAAGGCCUCCAUAAGCGCUGCGCCGACAAGAUGGGCGUCGUCAUUGACGUCGACGAAGACCAUCCCGAAAACUCGAGUCUUGUCUGCAAGGGCUGCGAGCUCGACGAGAACGACUGGAACGUCGGCUGCGGCGGCUGCAAGAAGGGCUUUGCCAACGAAGAAGUCGGCCUCCAAGUCAACCAACUCGUGCUCGUCGAGUUUGAGUUUGUCUUGUACAAUGCGAUCGUCACCGAAGUCAACGAAGCCGAAGACUCGGUCAAGAUCCACUUUGUCAAAUGGUCCAAGUCGUUUGACGGCUGGUACAAGAUGGACGACGAGCGCGUCAACGAAAGCCUCGCGUGCGACAGCUGCAACCAUUGGUUCCACAUUGCGUGCCUCCCGCCCAUCAAGGCCAGCGGCCGCUACAAACACACGUCUUACGUCUGCGAACGUUGUUACGGCGACGCCAAAGCCAACCGCAAGCCCAAGGUGCACGAACGCAUCGAGCCGAUCCGGCCAAAGCCCACGGUCGCCGCCGCCGAUGACGACGACGACGACGACGAGGCGGCCUUGCCCGAACUGCCAAAGCGCAAGGUAGGUCGCCCGUCUCUCAAGCAGCUCAAGCAUGAACGCGAGACGAUCGCACUCCGGAAAGCCAUGCUCAAGUCGAUCAAAGACAACAAGCAACCAACGAAGGCGUCGGCAACCGAGACGCCAGCCACGACGCGAACGCGCCGCGCGGCCUCGGCGCCCGUUGCCGUCACCAGCAGCAGCGAGAAGGAGCCGCCGCCGCGCAAGUCGAGCCGCCGCCCCGACGCCGACAGUGACGAGACCGACCGCCCGGCGCGGAAACGAGCCGCCCCGACGUCGCCAACGACCAAGGCUGGCAAGCCCGAGACCGCCAAGGCCGCGAAAGCGCCAGCCGCAAGCGAUGAAGCUGUCAAGGAGCCUCUCGUCACAGCAACGACCAAGAAGGCGCCGGUCAAGAAGGACGAGCCUCCAGCGAAGAAGACGACCAAAGCGACCAACGACGACACGACGACGACGACCGCCAAGAAGCCUGCCAAGAAGCGCGACGAACCGACCAAAGCCAAGCCAGACACGAAGCGGCCGCUCGAGCUCGAGAAGGUCGCGCCGCGGAAGCGCAGCCGGUCCGACGACCGCGGCAGCAGCCACGAUGCGUUCCGGCCGAUCGCGCCCAAGCCCAAGCCGAUCGUCGAAGUCUCGAGCGACUCGGACCACGACAUUGAAGACGACGCAGCGACGUCGACCGACGACCCCAAGGUUGUGAUGGUCAGCAGCCGGCGCAAGCCCGCCACGUCGAAACCUCGCAGCAUCGAGCCCGAGGACGAAGACGACUGUCACAAUACGACGACGACGACGACGAUGCGUAGUCCCGAUGAACUGCUCAAGCCAUGCGCGAAGAAGGGCAAGGGAUCGCUGAUCUUGCUCUCCAAGCUCCUCAACUCGCCGCAAUUCGCCGACAAGGAGCUGCCGACACAGUCACCGCCGCCCAUCGUCGUCAUGAAGAAGCCGCUGCCAUCGCUCUCGUCCGUGACAAGCCAGGAAAAGAACCAGAGCGCGUUCGACAUCCUCCGCGUCGUCGCGAGCCAAACGAUCACGACCACGCACCAGUCGCCUGCGAAAGCGAUCCAGCACGCGCCCGCGCCGCCGGCCCCUGAAGUCACGUUGGAGUACGACAUGCACUUCUGCCUCCGCGAAGAGAUGUACGUCCAAGUGUGCGCGAUGGAGGAGGCCGGGCUCCUCGUCCGCGACGUGGCCGGCUUGCUGCGGUCAUGGACGCACCCGACGUCGGCCCGCUUUGAAGAUGUCCGAUUUGUCUACCUUGUCAACAAGCACAACUCGCCUGCGAUCCUCGCGCAACGGCUGGCCGAAGUCACCAGGAAUUAUGGUUAAUUUACAGCACUAUAGCUAGACUACCAACUCGUAACAUAAUUAAUAUAGUCCAUACAACG